AUGACCUGUCUCGUUAUCAAAACGGAGCUGCAGAAGCUGUCGAUAACAAAUGACACGUCACUGGAAGUCGUGACCUCGACAGUAUUGUUCAGCAUCCUUGGGAUGGGUGUUAUAUUGAAUAUACUGUUGCUUGUGGCUGGAUAUCAGAAAGAUAUAUUGAUGCUACGUUUGUACAACUAUUACGCAACGGCUACUACCCUGGCGGCUCUCUUGCCUAUUUUCUUGUUGCUGUCUCGUGGAUUGCUAUUUGAGGUCUUCACAGCGUUGUUUACUCUAUUGAUGCAGUGCUACGUAAUCGUUCUGGUGAGGAGCGUAGUCGUAAAGCUUGAACUCGAUGAGAUGAUGUCCAACGAAGAUAUGUUCGGCGAGAACCAAGCGACUAUAGUCGUCCCCGAUGACGUGACUCUGCUUUGA